CUGAGCUUAUAAAUGACAAGGUGACAGUUUGCCCCAUCCUACACUCAUUGACUGCCGCUGUAUGCGAGAGCAGCUAAUCCCGGACCCUCCGAAAGCCGUAACGAACCGGUUCCAGCCAUGUACGCCUGCGCCAAGUUUGUCACUUCUCCUGCUGUGCUGCGUGGGGGGUCCAGAGUCCUCGCCCGGCCAGUCUCAGUCUCCUUCUUCAACAGACCUGAAGCCACAGUGGAGCAGCAGGCCUUGUUGCCAGUCAGCCAGUCUGUAGUCCCAGCCCGCUCCUUCCAGACCAGCGCUGUCUCCCGAGACAUCGACACUGCCGCCAAGUUCAUUGGUGCCGGUGCCGCCACGGUGGGUGUGGCUGGCUCAGGAGCUGGAAUCGGAACAGUGUUCGGCAGCCUCAUCAUUGGCUACGCCAGGAACCCCUCCCUGAAGCAGCAGCUCUUCUCCUACGCCAUCCUGGGCUUUGCUCUGUCUGAGGCUAUGGGUCUCUUCUGUCUGAUGGUGGCGUUCCUCAUUCUAUUCGCCAUGUAAACCUGGAAACACACACACACACCUCUUCCCUUCUCUCACCCCCUCCUCUCCCUCCGUCCCAGUCUCCUUUCCUCUCCUUGCUCCCUUCUCCCUCCCUCCCUUUCCAUCCGGAGGGGAGUGUCCAGAACGGGAACUCUGAACAAGUCGAUAGUCCAUUCCAAUCAACGGACAAAAAAAAUAUUAAACGUCUGAGGGUAACACACCUCCAAUCCUACAUUUUUAUGUUCCUACACUUCUCUUUGUUUUUCUGGAGUUUUAUGUAAGACCUCACUUUGGUUGAAAUAAUCUGUCCAAAAUAAAUGGUUGGGAUAACUAAACUAAAAAAAAAA